CGCAGAAGGAGCACAAUGGCUGAACAACUUGAGCGGUUUGAGGCGGGCGAGAGCACCGGAAUGGCUCUCGAGGUCCAAGACGGCGACAAGACCGUUCGCUUCUGCGAAGGCCGGUCCUUCGGUGCCCACCGCAGUGUUGCGGGCGAACUGGUCUUCCAGACGGGCAUGGUGGGCUAUCCCGAGUCUAUUACUGACCCUUCGUACCGUGGCCAGAUUCUGGUCAUCACCUUUCCACUUGUAGGCAACUACGGCGUGCCACCUCGCGACGCAUUGGAUCCCAUCCUCGGCGACCUCCCCGCACACUUUGAAGCCUCAGAGAUUCACGUCGCUGGUCUGGUCGUGGCCUCGUACUGCGGCGAAGACUACUCGCACCACUUGGCCAGCUCUUCCUUGGGCGCAUGGUUGAAAGAGCAAAAUGUGCCGGCCAUUUGCGGCGUCGAUACUCGCGCGCUCACGAAAAAGAUCAGAGAGAAGGGUAGCAUGCUCGGCCGGCUGCUCAUGCAGACGGGUACUCGCAGAGAGCUCAAUGGACAUGCAUCACCCACAACUGGCGCCAUGACGCCAAGCGGCACAGCACCACCAACCCCAGCUGCAAAUCUCCACGAGGUCAACUCCGCCCUGACGCCGAGGGGUGCCGAUGGCCGCAAUGGCACGAAUGGCUACUUCAGUAAAUCAAAAGAGGUGGCAGUGUAUGAGGAGAUUGAGUUUUACAAUCCAAAUUCCAGAAAUCUGGUCGCAGACGUUUCAACCUCAAAACCAAAGAUUUAUUCCACACCUGCGUCCGUUACGUCGUUGCGUCACCCGUCUGGUCGUCCUGUGCGUGUUCUGUGCGUCGAUGUUGGUCUCAAGUACAAUCAGCUCCGCUGCUUAGUCAAGCGCGGUGUUGAAGUUGAGGUUGUGCCAUGGGACUAUGACUUCCCAGGGCUAGCAGGAAAGGAGUAUGAUGGUCUUUUCAUCUCGAACGGUCCUGGUGACCCAGCGAUGAUGGCGGCUACUGUCAAGAACAUCCAGCAGACAAUGGAGGAGGCACGCGUACCGAUCUUCGGUAUCUGUCUGGGACAUCAGCUUCUCGCUCGUGCAGCGGGUGCCAGCACUUUGAAGAUGAAAUUUGGAAACCGUGGACACAACAUUCCUUGCACCAACCUGCUCUCAGGCAAAUGCUACAUCACAUCACAGAACCACGGGUAUGCUGUGGAUGCCAACUCCCUGCCAAACGGCUGGAGCGAGCUUUUCGUCAAUGCCAACGAUGAGAGCAACGAGGGCAUUCGACAUGUCAGCCGACCAUACUUCUCCGUCCAGUUCCACCCAGAAAGCACGCCUGGACCACGAGACACUGAGUUCUUGUUCGACGUCUUCAUCAGCACCAUUCAGAACGUCAUCAAGGACAGCAGCUUCAUGCAGCGACCUGUAGUAUUCCCGGGCGGCGAUAUCGAGGAAAACCGGGCACUUCACCCACGACCAGAUGUCAAGAAGGUCCUUGUCCUCGGGUCGGGUGGUCUCAGUAUCGGACAAGCUGGAGAAUUCGACUACUCUGGUAGUCAAGCUAUCAAAGCUCUGAAGGAAGAGGGCAUCUACACCAUUCUUAUCAAUCCAAACAUCGCCACAAUCCAGACGUCAAAAGGUCUGGCAGACAAGGUGUACUUCCUCCCAGUCAACGCCGAGUUUGUGCGCAAGGUCAUCAAGCACGAGCGUCCGGAUGCCAUAUACUGCACGUUCGGUGGCCAGACUGCUCUUUCGGUGGGUAUCCAGCUCAAAGACGAGUUUGAGUCGCUUGGUGUCAAGGUGCUUGGUACGCCGAUCGACACUAUCAUCACUACUGAGGAUCGUGAACUCUUUGCGCGGAGCAUGGAUUCCAUUGGUGAGCCUUGCGCCAAGUCGAAGUCUGCCAACAACCUGCAAGAAGCCCUGGAUGCCGUUGAAGAAAUUGGCUAUCCAGUCAUCGUCCGUGCCGCCUAUGCGUUAGGUGGUCUUGGGUCUGGUUUCGCCUCGAACAAAGAGGAGCUUGUAGAUCUCUGCCACAAGGCCUUCGCUGCUAGUCCCCAGAUUCUGGUUGAGCGCAGUAUGAAGGGCUGGAAAGAGAUCGAAUACGAAGUCGUACGCGAUUGCAAUGACAACUGUAUCACUGUCUGCAAUAUGGAGAACUUCGAUCCACUCGGCAUUCACACAGGUGAUUCGAUUGUGGUAGCACCAUCUCAGACUUUGUCCGACGAGGACUACAACAUGCUGCGAACCACAGCCGUUCGCGUUAUUCGCCAUCUUGGAGUCGUGGGUGAGUGCAACAUCCAGUAUGCACUGAACCCCGACAGCAGAGAAUUCUGCAUCAUCGAAGUUAAUGCUCGUCUUUCGCGAUCUUCGGCACUCGCGUCUAAGGCUACUGGCUACCCGCUUGCGUUUGUGGCUGCUAAGCUUGGUCUGAACAUCCCCCUCAACGAGAUCAAGAACAGCGUCACCAAGAAGACAGUCGCAUGCUUCGAGCCAUCUCUCGAUUACGUGGUCGUCAAGAUCCCGCGCUGGGAUCUGAAGAAGUUCACUCGUGUCUCCACUCUUCUUGGCUCUUCUAUGAAGAGUGUUGGCGAAGUUAUGGCUAUUGGCCGCACAUUUGAAGAAGCCGUUCAAAAAGCCAUUCGAUCGGUCGACCCAAGCAAUCUGGGCUUCCACAAUACACCUGCCCUGAUGGACAUCAACAUAGACACCGAAUUACAAACGCCCUCGGACCAGCGCAUGUUUGCUCUGGCCAAUGCUCUGCAUUCUGGCUACACAGUCGACAAGAUUUGGGAGCUUACCAAGAUCGACAAGUGGUUCUUGCGGAAACUCAAGAGCCUCAAUGACUUUGGCAAGUUGAUGACUGGGUACGGUGUUGACAGCAUUCCUGCUCCUCUGUUCCGCAAAGCCAAGGAAAUGGGAUUCUCUGACAAACAGCUGUCUCUCUUUUGGGACAGCAACGAGGGUAACGUGAGACGAGCGCGUCUAGCGAACAAUUUGAUGCCAUUCGUGAAGCAGAUCGACACUGUUGCUGCUGAGUUCCCAGCAUACACGAAUUACCUUUACACGACUUAUCACGGAACGGAACACGACAUCGAGUUUAAGGAUAGAGGUAUCAUGGUCCUCGGAUCUGGAGUGUACAGAAUUGGGUCUUCCGUGGAGUUCGAUUGGUGCUCUGUGAGGGCCAUUCGCACUCUGAGAACUGCUGGAUUCAAGACUGUUAUGGUCAAUUUUAACCCGGAAACGGUCUCCACCGAUUUCGACGAAGCCGAUCGACUCUACUUUGAGAAUAUCACUCUGGAAACGAUUCUCGAUAUUUACCAGCUCGAGUCCGCAAGUGGUGUCAUACUCUCCAUGGGCGGCCAGGCACCCAACAAUAUCGCUCUGCCUCUGUAUCGCGCCAACGUGAAGGUCCUUGGGACCUCGCCGGAAAUGAUUGACACCGCCGAGAACCGAUACAAAUUUUCUCGUAUGCUGGACAGGUUGGGUGUUGAUCAGCCUGAGUGGAAAGAGCUUACAAGCAUCGACGAAGCUCGCUCGUUCUGCAAUCGGGUCACCUAUCCUGUGCUCGUAAGACCCUCAUACGUGCUCUCCGGAGCUGCUAUGAAUACAGUAUACUCGGAGCACGACCUCAAAAACUACCUGGCACAGGCAGUUGAGGUGUCUAAGGAGCACCCAGUGGUGAUCACGAAAUACAUCGAGAACGCCAAGGAGAUCGAAAUGGACGCUGUCGCGCACAAUGGCACUAUGAUUGGCCACUUCGUGUCCGAGCACGUCGAGAAUGCAGGUGUGCACUCCGGCGAUGCCACCCUCAUUCUUCCUCCACAAGAUCUGGAUCCGGAGACUGUGCGCAAGAUUGAGGACGCGACACGCAAGAUUGGUGACGCUUUGAACGUGACUGGGCCUUACAACAUUCAAUUCAUCGCCAAGGACAACGAGAUCAAGGUCAUCGAAUGCAACGUUCGGGCUUCCAGAUCCUUCCCAUUUGUGUCGAAGGUCACUGGGCUGGAUAUGAUUGAGCUGGCAACCAAGGCAAUGGCCGGUCUGCCUUUCCAAGCUUACCCGCCUGUUACUCUGCGACCUGAUUACGUCGCGGUCAAAGUGCCGCAGUUCUCAUUCUCGCGUCUCGCCGGAGCUGAUCCAGUCAUGGGUGUCGAGAUGGCUUCUACCGGUGAGGUCGCUUGCUUCGGUCGGACGAAAUACGAGGCCUACAUGAAGGGCCUCAUCUCCACUGGUUUCAAGCUGCCCAAGAAGAACGUGCUGCUUUCUAUCGGUUCGUACAAGGACAAGGUUGAGAUGCUGCCAAGCAUCGAGAAGCUCUACAAGCUGGGCUUCAAGCUUUUUGCUACCGCUGGUACUGCCGACUACCUGGAGGAGCAUGGCAUCAGUGUACAAUUCUUGGAGGCUCUUGGAUCUGAUGACCAACGCGAAGAAUACUCACUGACGCAUGCUCUCGCUAACAACCUGAUUGACCUGUACAUCAAUCUCCCGUCCGCGAACAAGUACCGUCGACCAGCAAACUACAUGUCCAAGGGCUACCGCACCCGGCGUAUGGCAGUAGACUUUCAAACGCCACUGGUCACCAAUGUCAAGAUUGCCAAGAUCCUUAUUGAAGGUCUCUCUCGCAACUACGACUUCAACAUCAGCAGCGUUGACUACCAGACUUUCGCCGAGCAAACGCUUGUGCCUUCCACCGUACAACAGCCUGCACCAACUGAGCCACUCUCUGAGCUGAUCAAACGUUCUCCGUUCAAGGGCAAGGAUAUUAUCUCGGUGAAGCAGCUCACAAAAGAGGAGUUGCACUUGCUCUUCACGGUCGCAGCUGAGAUGCGUCUCGGUGUGGAGCGCGACGGAUGUCUCGAUAUACUGAAGGGUCGUGUGUUGUGCACCAUGUUCUUUGAGCCUUCCACCCGCACGUCGUGCUCCUUUGACGCAGCCAUGAAGCGUCUUGGCGGCCAGACCAUUGUCGUCAACGAAGCGCAUUCUAGCACGAAGAAGGGAGAAUCUCUGGCGGAUACCAUUCGCACACUCGACCAGUAUGGCGAUGCCAUUGUGCUCCGCCACCCAGACAACGAGAGCGCUGAGAUUGCCGCCAAAUACUCGGAUCGUCCCAUCAUCAAUGCAGGCAACGGCUCACGCGAACACCCCACGCAAGCUUUGCUCGAUCUCUUUACCAUGCGUGAGGAACUUGGCACAGUUAACGGACUGACCAUUACCUUCACUGGGGACUUGAAAUAUGGUCGAACGGUGCACUCACUUUGCGAAGUGCUCAAGCACUACAACGUCAAGAUCCAGCUCGCCGCCCCUGCCGCGCUGGCUCUCCCAUCCAAAGUCAGAGCCAACCUGGAAGCUCGCGGUCAACUCGGCAUCGUCUCCGAGAAGCUGACCCCAGAGAUCAUUGCCGACACUGACGUCCUCUACUGCACUCGUGUCCAACACGAGCGCUUCGAGUCCGAAGCUGCGUACGAGGAAGCUCUGGAAGAGGGUGGCUUUACGGUGAACGCCAAGACACUUCGUGACGCGAAGAAGAACAUGAUUGUGAUGCAUCCUCUUCCUCGCAACGCCGAAUUGGCGGUCGAUGUGGAUGAUGACCCGAGAGCUGCAUACUUCAGACAAAUGAAGUAUGGCAUGUUCGUGCGCAUGGCUCUGCUGGCCCUCGUGAUGGCACCGUGA